AAUUUUAUAAAACUUUUAACCGCGCGGUAACCACUAAGUGCCAGUAACCAACAUGGUUACAUCGUGGUAAGCGAUUGUAUAUAUAACGUCAUACGUGGUAACCGCGAUAUAACCACGGUUAGUUUUAACCUACCUACAGGAGCUUGGUAACCACAAAGUAACCACUCAAACAUGGCCGCCAUUCAUUUUGUAAGACAUAGACGACCUCGACAGUUUCGACGUAUUGACAGACAAUUGACGGACUUGACGGAUGAAGAAUUACGUCAAAGGUACAGGUUUUCAGCUGACAACAUAGACAGACUUGUUGAACUUCUUGGACCAACUUUGGAGCGACGGACGCGACGUAACCAAGCCCUGACACCACGGCAACAAAUUUUGAUAACAUUGAGAUUUCUUGCUACAGGUAAUUUCAUGCAGGUUAUCGGCGACACCUUUGGCGUAGACAUUUCUACCGUCUCCCGGGUCGUGAGAGACGUUACCGACGUACUAUUUGGACUGAAAGACCAAUUUAUCAAGUUUCCUGUGACGGACCACGACCGAAGACGGAUCAUGAGUGGAUUUUACGCCAUUCGUGGGUUCCCAUCUGUAAUUGGUUGUAUUGACGGGACCCAUGUUAAAAUAAUUUCGCCUGGUUAUCCAGAUGAGGCCGCAUUUGUUAACAGAAAACACCAACACAGUAUAAAUGUCCAGGCGACCUGCGAUCACAAAGGGAUGUUCACAAGCAUCAAUGCCUGUUGGCCUGGAAGCUGCCAUGACAGCCACAUCUUACGAGUUUCUAAUGUAGGCCGGUACCUUGAAGCUCAUCACCAAGAUCCAGAGCGCGGAUAUUUGUUGGGGGAUAGUGGCUACCCCUGUCGGCCAUUUCUGCUUACGCCUUUCUUGCAGCCUGGGAAUGAAACAGAGGAGAGGUACAACCGGGCGCACAUCUCCACACGGAAUUUGGUUGAAAGGACAUUUGGUGUAUGGAAGAGGACAUUCCAUGUUUUACAUGUGGAAAUACGCAUGAAGCCUCAGAGGGUGACACGUGUAACCGUGGCGUGUGCUGUCCUCCAUAAUCUGAGGCUGCAGUAGGGUGAACCAGAGGUAGAAGAAGCCGGUGAUCUGGAUCAGCCUCCCGCCGACAUCUUUAAUGGCCGAAUGGAUGGGCGAGGAGUUCGAGACCAUGUGGCUCGUGCUUAUUUUCAGAAUCAGUAAUAACAGAAGAAACCGAUGAUUAAAUCACACCAUACAUUGACGUUUUAUGGAAAGUGAAGACUUGACACUUUUAACACCAAUUUAUUUUGGUUUCAUAAUUUAUUUUCAUAUUUCAGCUUUUAUAUAUAUUCAGAAGUCUGGAAUGACAUAUAAUUUACCUGUAUCAACUAUCAAGAAUUACUGAGAUAAUAAUUUCAAAAGUUAUUUGAAUUUCUCGAUUAAAACAUCGGCUAGCUUUGAAAUCUUGUUGAAGCAUUCCAUCUGUGCCUCGGCUAGAUCAAUCUGUUUUUCAAAGUACACCGUUUGGAGGUCCUUCAGUGUUCUACAACAUAAGAAAAUCAUCAGUUAGCUACCAUGGUGUGUAUGUAAACUAUUGUUGUAUUAGUGUUGUUUUUCUUGCUGUUUUCGGCAAAAGUAUAGCAAGUGUAACAUAUUUAAUUUAUAGAAAGUAACAUUUCACUAUUACAGAAUAUCAAUGUUUUAAAAAUACAUACAUCAUUAUGUUACAGCUUAUUUUCAUUCAAGAAAAAUGCAUUCCUUUUAGAACUUUUGAAGCAACGAGGAACGAACAAAAUAUAGAAAACAACCACAGUGUUAUUAAAUUAUACAAGUUAUUUUACAAUUAGGUGUUAACCUUUUGUGAUUACUGCUUUUCUUUUGCUGAUAACUUGUGCUCGAUGAUUGCUUCUGUGUGGUGACAGCUGUAAAAGAAAAAAUCAAAUUAUAUGCUUUAUGUACGAGAA